AUGAGUUCUAAAGAAGCUGGUUCGACGAAGGGAGGCAGGGGCAAACCGAAGGCCUCCAAGUCUGUAUCGAGGUCUCAUAAAGCAGGGCUCCAGUUUCCGGUGGGUAGGAUCGCUCGAUUUCUUAAGGCCGGCAAGUACGCAGAGCGGGUUGGUGCUGGCGCACCUGUAUAUCUCUCCGCCGUGCUCGAAUACCUUGCUGCAGAGGUAUUGGAGCUUGCUGGAAAUGCUGCAAGGGAUAACAAGAAGAACCGUAUUGUGCCAAGGCACAUCCAACUGGCCGUGAGGAACGACGAAGAGCUAAGCAAGCUAUUGGGGUCUGUGACCAUUGCUAAUGGAGGAGUGUUGCCAAACAUCCACCAAACUCUUUUGCCGAAGAAGGUGGGCAAAGGCAAGGGCGAUAUUGGAUCUGCCUCUCAGGAGUUCUAG